GAUAAUCGUCAGACAAUUUUUGACAAAUGAAAUUAUUAUUGUAAGAGGUGACAGAAAAAUUAAAACAAAUAAAAAACUAUGCCAUACAUUCUUUUGCGGCGUCCUCGUUACCAUGGCGAUUGCGUAACCAGGUGUCAAUGGCCGACUAAACGUUUAUGCAGUUAUGGCUCCGCCGUGCCUGUCCGCGUGUCACCGCUGGUAUGCCACGGUCCUGCACGUACCGCUCGCUUACAUCUAAUCCAACCUUCCGUUCGAACCUGAUAUAUAUGUACUUCAGUCAUCCGCGAAGACCGCUCAACUAAAAUGACAUCAAUCCGAUGGUAUGGCAAAAGGCCGUCGAGACGCCACUCCUCAAGCGCAGCUCCGGAAACAGUUGGCCCUGCUCCGGCAAAGAGCUACCGCGGCCGGUCUCUCAGAUUCCGUCAUCUCAAGUUGCGUUCUGAAACAUCUGAAACGAGUCGGACAGGGACCUCGGACCCGUUGUAGCCGGACUCUAAAAUGGGGUUUGGUCAUACUGAGCGUUGCCGUUGCCUUGGCCGCCGGUGGGGGAUGGUUUUCAGAGCUCGGUGCUUGGCCGUGCGUCGUCGACCGCGGCGGGCUGUUCCUCGAACUGACACGUCCGAUAACGUCUUGCGACUUCUGCCAGUCGCCCGCGAGCGUUGUCGAGCUCGAGGAGAUGACCAAAGAGGACUUCCUGCGCCUUGGUUACUCGGACAGGCCGAUCGUGCUGAGGGGCGCCGCCAGACGCUGGAAGGCCAUGGCGGUCUUCAGCUUUGCCUUCUUCAGGGAACUGUACCGGAACGUGAGCGGCUCGUUCAAGAACAACAGGGACUACUGCCAGUUCUUCAAGUACAAGACAGAGUUCGAGGACCUUGAAGACUUCCUUGGGAUGCCCGAUUCCCGGGCGGACCUGACCGAUCCCGAAGCGAAGACGUGGUACGUCGGAUGGAGCAACUGUGACCAGAGAGUGGCCAAGGUCCUGAGAGAGUACUACACGAGGCCGGAGUUUCUGCCGCAAGACUCGGAAGCCAGUGUCAUCGACUGGAUCUUCAUGGGCUACUCUGGCAACGGAGCCACCACCCACCUGGACUAUGUGCAGCGGCCAUCUUGGCAGGCCCAGAUUCGUGGCAGCAAGACCUGGACCCUCGUACCACCGCCAGAAUGCGAGGAGGUCUGCGUCCGGUCCCUGACGGUGACCGUCCGUCCCGGCGACUUGGUGAUGCUCAACACCAACCGCUGGUACCACGGCACCUGGGUAGAGCCCGGUGACCUCAGCAUCACCAUCGGCUCCGAGUAUGACUAGCACUCUAGAUGGCAAAGAGUGUUGCAGAAGCCUCGCUUAUUGGAAUUCUGGUUUUGCAUUCUGGAAUGGAUUGCAUACCGAUGUGGGAGCCGUUGAAUUCCCGUAAAAGGGUUGCAUAAAGGGGAUCCAUGAUAGAAGCGAAAGCUUCACUAAGGGUAAAUACUGGGCACUGCACGAAUACAAAGGUCCCAGAGGUAACAGGUUUCUGCUCUGGAACACCACACCAGUAGAUGGUGCUAGCAGAUCGGGUGAUUUUAAUUUUAUAUUCGUAACCUUUAGCAGUAUUAGUAGUGAAAGGCAUAACUGUAAAUUUCGGUAAUAUUAGGCAGGGGUUAACUGCUGCUAUUAAAAAUGCCGGGUAGGUGGCACAAGUUGCCGUUCAGUUUAAAGGGUUCAGCCAUAUGCAUCCAUCCAUUCAUCCGUAGCCUAGAGACCUUGCAGCCUCUAUUCAGGGUAUUUAUCAUGAUUUAUGUCCUCUUACCAAAUAUAUAGACCACUGGCAAUAACAGUCACAGUGCCUAAACCAGAAGGCCUCCAUACGCGGCAGGUUUCUGUCACGGAAGCUGCAAGGGACAUUUCUUGUUGUGGCAUCAGUAGUUUUGUCUUUCACAGAUGAAAGGAGUGUUCAGUAUUUCCAUUCGUAAAGUUUUUCAUUGAUGUUAUGGGAAUGCUCUAGCUUUUGUUUCCUAAUUCUAUAGCUUUGUUUUUUUCCCCAGUUCCAUAGCCUGCUUGCUUGCAUGUUCUGCGGUAGCUGUUUUCGUUGAGUGGUGCCACCUCUACAGGCAACAUGAAGGGUUAUCUGUCAUGCAUGUUUUCACAGCACUAACCUUUUUUUUUUUUUUAAAUUGAGGUUUUAUUUCUUCACUUUUGUGUUUGCUGAUUUCAAAGCUAGAAUAGUCUUUUGAGCACAGUAUAGCUAAAAAGUGAGAUCUGCAACUGUCGUGCUCUAACCAGGGUGUGCGCCGUGCAAACUUCAUUACUGGGUGUCGUUACAAAACCUUGAAACAACAGCCGAUAACUCGAAGCCUAACAUUGUGUCUGAGACAACAUUCAGACAAAUGGAACGGUCACACUAUCCACCACGAGUAUGAGUUAAUCAUUCUUGUCGAAUGUCACACAUGAGGUAGUCUUCCAAACCAUCCUCUUGUCAUUUUUCAUUGCCCAGGUUUGCCCUCUGUAUAUAGAAAGGAGCACAUAUAGUCAGGAAAAGUGGGAAACUGGCAAUAACAGGGGUAAAAAGGGAAAGUCAUUGCUUUGGGUGCAUGAUGCAACCAAUUCGUGGGGCAGAGCUUAGUGUUCCACAGAGAGAGUAAGCAGCGUGCACAGUGCUGUCAUGUGGUGGUGAAUGAGAGAAACGAUAGAUCUAUUCCUAUUUUUAAUGUUGACGAUACUUCUAAUGUGAAAUGAUGUUUGUUGUUUCAUGGGAGCAUAUGAGGCAUCUCGACGACCUUAACCAUGUUGAAAUCAAAAGCUGAUCUACAACACAAAAGUUCCUCCAAGUUCGAAAUUGUCAUAUUGACUGAGUCGUGUCCACAAGACCUUUCUGAGCUGCGAUUAACAUGGGUCAGUCGUCGUAAAGCGCAGCACCUUGCUCAAAGCACUACUGUCUCAUGGUGGUGUGAAAUACAAAAUCACAAAAGGAGUGGCAUGCAUUAAAAAAUGAUCUAAAUUAAAUUAAUUACUGUUAUGCUCGCUCCAGUAUACGGGAGCCCCAGAUGUUUAUGCAGUGACGCAACUGUUUCCAAUCAAACGGAGUGGCUUCACACUCGCGCGAAAAACUGUGGAUGGCUUGUGUGGUAGGUGGGGAGCGGUCGGUAGCCCUAGCCGUUUCUGAGAUGCUUUUUUUUUUUGUGUUCAAUGAAUACUUUGAAUGGGAUCCAACAAGGAUGUAGAUGAACAGCCUGUCGGACGACCACUGGGGGCUUAGCCAAGUUUUUUUUACAAAACGGGGAAGGAGGAUUUGGUGUAAAAUCUCCCGAAUCUCAUAUUUUUUCGUUUUUUUUUAUCUGAAUCUUUUUGGGCCCUUGCCUGCACGGUUGGUGCCACGGGGUUGUCUAGCUCAGAAAGGCGAAACAAAUGUCUUCAGACUACGUGUGACGUCAGGCUCAACUGUCAGGAGUAGUUUUUGGACUUUUGGACUUACUACCACACCGGUGGUAAUACUUUUUUAAUGGUGUGGUAUCAGAGGGAGCAAAACAUGACUUCCCCCAGUGAUAAGACAGUGUAUCUAUGAGCACAUACUUGCAGUAUAUUGACGUCCAAGACAGUAGUAUCGCCACUAAUAUACUUCGUUUCAAUGUAACUUGGCAGAGAGCGAAGCUACGGCCCGUUUGAGCCAAUCAUAGCGACGGAGGAAGCACGUGACAGCUCCUACCAAAUAUACAGAGACGAGGGGUUGGUCCAAGCAGUUGGAGAAGGGGGGAGGGAUUAACUCCCUUUUUACCCUCUUUUGUGCGUCCCAGACGUCACUUUUGUCCCCAUAGGAGAUUAGCCCGUCACUCCGAAUUCGUACAAAAGCGGCUUUCCUCUCGCUCUCCCACCCGUGGCUUUGGCAGCGCUGGGCCAACACUUCCUAGAUAAAAAAAGUCGUGGUGCUGAUACUGAUGUCGCCAUCAACGAAGGCUAACGUGGGCCUGAGAUCAGGCACGACGCUCAAAUUCCACUCGAAGCAGUGCGCCGACGCUGCACUCGUUUCCAAUCUGUGUCCAACGUUAGCCUUUGCUGGUGACGCAAAAAUGACAGCACUCUGGCCUUGUCUUGUAGACAAUGUUGGCUGGGUGCAACUAUAGUGAGACUGAGCAUAGUCACAUGUGUCAUUUCAAUUCACCGAUUCGCUCACCGAGACCGUAGCCUUUGCCUUUUUGACAAACUACCGUGGUGAGGCGCAGUACAGAUGGUGCACAGUUUUUUGUGUACUGCUUGGUGGUCAGAGGCCUCAGAUAAGAAAGAAACCAUUUCAGCGUCCCUUUUCACCCUCCCCUUUCAGAUUGUCGCAGUAGUUGUAGAGCGUAGCAGCAAUGCUGCAUUAGCCGUUUCUGUUUUUUUUUUCUUUAACGCAGCUCACAAACCCGUUUUAACGGGCUUGGGUUAAAUAUCUUGUUAGCAAUUGCCCGAAGGGCAUAGGUGAUGGUACCACGUGCCGUCGGCGCUAUGUUGGUGCUAACCUGGGUGUACAUAGGCAUUUGGUAGGGCGCGUGUUGUGCACUGGUUAGGAAUUUGCACUUGUGCUCGAAGAGUUGUGCCUGUUCUCUAUGUAAGCUUUCUCAGGUGCCUUAAGAGAGGCUUCUGUCCCACUCUGUCACAAGAGCCGCCAGUGGCCUCACUCUUUAUGAAGUUAUAGGAUAGACAUAGUGUUAGUUAAAAAUGGCUACGAGUGUUAGAUUAGAUGCUGUGUCUUCCACGGUGUGGCUGGAUGUGUACCAGCUUUCUCUCCGGGCAAGUGCGCCGGGCGUGCAGUUGUGUACGGUUUUCCAAAGUAUUUAGCUCUUUUACACGGACGGCCCGUUACGACUCUCGUAUACUAUACCAAAGGCGAAGUUUUGUGCAAUGUCACUCUUUUAUAUUCAAAGACAUCCAAAGAUGUUACCCCGUACAGGGUCUGGCACAUCCGUGAGGCGUCCUCAGAAAGUCCCUGAAACUACCAAAAGUGUAACCUCAAGGUACGACCUUGAAGUGUGCAUAUUUUUUCGGGCAGCAAAGCGUGCCACGCUGGGUUGUAUAUCUUUUUUCUAUCCUCGACUUCCUAUUUACGGAGAGACGGGUUGUGAGCAAUAAAGUAUUUUUUUCCAGAUGAAAAAAAACGUCCACUGCGUUGCUCAUAUGGACAAGUUCGUGUUUUUGGUGUGUUCUUAUAGUUACAAAACUUGCUGGAUGUCAUUAAGACGGUUUUAGAUGCCACCAAAGGGGUGCCUGUGGGCAUAUUUGAGUCAUGUGCACCUCCUGCCAUUUGUGUUAUAAGUGCAGGUCUGCCUUUCUUGAUUUGUGAAUGCCAUGCAUCUUCAACUGGCCCUUGAGUCUAGGCUGCUUGCACUGAUGCUGCACUUUUCAGUGCAGCUACGGGGUAUGGGUCGAUUAAUCUGCAUUCUGUCGCAAUCGGAACUGUCAUCUGAAAAUGCGGUGGUGAUGCCCAAAUCCUGUACUUGCAUUUCCUUCAUGGUAACGGGGCACAAAAAGGACUUCUGGUCAAUCUUUUGCAACAGGUUGGGUCGCAUUUUGGAAAGUUUUUGUGCCUCUUUUUGCUGAAGUCUCGCGAAUUGGCACGAUAUUUACUUCCAAGUACUUUAUUUAUCUCUAAAUAUGGAGAAUGAGGACAGGGAUAAACGCAACCCAAUCGUUGCCUGACAAACCUCUUUCUCCCUCAGCAGCAACGAUGAAAGCAACGACAAACACAAUAUUUGUUUUUAAAGCAAGGUGCAAAACAGAAAGAACAUAAAACACAACAAAAAAUAUUUAAAGAAAACUGAAAGCAUACAGCCAGUUUAGUAACCAUACAUUUGAAGCAUAGAUGGGUAAAUCCCAAACAGAUAAUGACCAUUCAUUUUUAGCAUAUUCAUCCAGAACUUUAAUGCUGUGCGCACAAAUAGGAGGAAGGUUAUGAGGAAGGUUACAUUUUUACAUCUGAUUGCCUGAAGUUGUUCUGGAGUGCAGUACUAUCCGUGCCCGAGACUUACAAGUUUUGUAUACAAUAGGCUCGCGAUAAUUCAAACUCGGAUAUUUCAUACUUCCGGUUAAUUCAAAAAGAUUUGAAAAUUUUGGUUGUCCCGCUAUGUUUUUAAUGUAUUUAUAAGUCGCCUAAUGCGAACAGCGUUUUCGCUUAAUUCAUACUUUUUUGUUCUCGCGGCCCCGUUGAGUGCGCCUCUUCCGAGCACCGGUGCACCGCAGAGAAGCAAUACCUGCGGAGCUUGCUUUUGCAAGUGUUGCUUCUCUGCAGUGCAUUGGUGCUCGGAAAGAUGUGCACUCAAUGGGGCUCAAGCGGGCACACAUUAGCGGAAAACGUUGUUCACAUUAUGUGCUUCAAGACUAGCAAUGAUGACCAAGACGACAUGGAGGAUAAGGACCAGCUCAAUGGCAUCAUGCUUUCUGGCCUUGAAGCACAUAAUGUGAAUGCCGAGCUGGCGGAAUAUGCUAGUCUUGACGACGAUGCGUGUGUUUGUCAUGAUGACUCAUUAGAGGACAUAGUACAGGAAGUAAUGCCAGCACAAUGCAGCAGUGAGAGUGAAGAGGACGAUGAAGAAAGGGAUGACUUGCUACCAACUGUCAUAGCCACAGCUUUGAGCACAUCGCUCAACUCCAGAAAUUUCUGUCUGCAAAGGAAGAAUCCCAUAAAGAGCUACUUGCGUUGGCUGGUGUUGAAAAUUUUGUUUUCAGAUCGUAUGUGCUGUCUAAACAGUCCACAAUCUACAACUUUUUGCGAGAUGAAUAAACUUAAUGUCACAGCUCUUUCA